AUAAGGCGCAUGGGCGGCGAAAACGAUGCAGGUCCAUGGUUUGAUUUCUCGGAUGAUUACUUUGCCGGUUUGCAUGAUGGAACUCUCCCCCCAGACGUGGCAACCAGCAAUGAAGUAGAAAAGGCCGCUGUUUCAAUUACUUCUCAUGAAGAACUCAAUGCCACACUAGCCAUCCUCUAUACGUCGUACUGCCAGCGCCUUAAAGUAGACAAGAUAUGGCGACGGCAGUUCUUGGUCUUAUUUCUGAGCGCGCUUUACUGGCCAAUGUACACGCGAACGAAGCAUUGGAAUCCUCCGAUGACGUCAAACUUCUUCAAAGUCGUACUCGCCAAGUCCAUUGCGCUGAGUGACCUCGGCAAUUCAAAUCCAAGGAUUUCACGAUUUGUCAAGAGGGCAACACAAUGUGGAUUUCAGGGGAUAAUCGAAGAAGGCUUGCCACGAUUGACGGAGGUGACGGACUACGAGAGUUUCAGUUCGUUCGUAAGGAAAGAGAAGCAGGAGGAUCAUCAUUUGGCAGUAAUGCUAAGGUUUAUCCCAGAUUUGAAGUGGAGUUUAGAUGAAAGCUCCACGACAAUUGGUUAUGUAUACCACCAAGUCUCCGAGCUGCACGUCCUAUAUUCGUAUUCAAACGUUCUGACAACUCCGUCUUGGAUUAGCAUGUGGGAACGGAGUUUCAGACACGAGCAGCGAGCAGCCACGACAGCCGUCAUGCUUCUUGGCUUGAGCAACACGCAAGUCACAGACAGGCCCAUGGGAGGCAUCUUGAUUCUUAAGCUGAGCCGUCUAGUCGUUGAGGAUCUGCUUAUACUGCUGAGGAAUAAGAGGGAAGAUGAUCCGUCUUUGCAGGAGCAACUUGACAAGUUUGAAGUGGCUUUGAAGCGUUCCAUUUUGGAGAGUGUUCGGCAAGUGCUUCUUCGCAUGGCGCUUCUUGUGGAAUCUAAUUGGCUGUGCUCGCAACAAAUUCUGCAAGCUCGAUUUCCCGAUGUUUUGGUGACCGCUUACAGGGCGAGAGGCAGCGGGGGCCCAACAGCGGCUGUUGAACGGGGAGAAUUCGGAAGUGAGAUUUCAGAGGGUUUCGUGACGGUUUUAAAUCAGAAUCUGAAUGAAAAUGAGAUGUAUGUACAGUUGAGUGUAGCGGAUCCGAUUAAUGCACAGCAGAAGGGAGACACAACGUUUAUUUCGGCCCUGAAAGCCGCUAGCAUGUUCAAGCAGAGACUUGAAGAUGAUCCUUCUCUUCCUGGCGUAGGCCUGGCAGAAGUAGUGUACUCUACAUUCAACGAUCUUCAGUAUGCAGAAAUAGCAGUCGGUGGCAACUCACGAUAUGACCCAGAUCUUCACUUGUUGUUGCAAGUGCCGUCUGAUCUCUUCAAGGAUAGUGCAUCGUUUCAUGAACUUUUCAUGGGGGCCAUCUUAGUACAGCCACUGACGUACGCAACCCCUCGUCACGUGAGGAUGGAUAGAGUUCAUGUUAUGGGAUAUGCCAUGAAGGCAGGAUCGGCAAGACCUAUUCGGAUGGGCAAAUUUGGUAGUGGGCUAGCAUACAGUGAGCAGCCCCUGAUUGAUCAGCUCAUCCAGAGGCACGGGUUCGUAGUGCAUGUGCUCGUGAACGGUCUAAGGAAUGACAUCAGUAGGAAGGAAUCGGAAGCUACUGCAGAGGAGAUCUAUAAGCGCUUUAAGAGCAGAACACGAGGAACGUUUAAUGUAAUCUUUCUUGAGCCCGUCAAGCUUCCUGAAACUCGGAUAUCUGGCGACUUCUCUCAUCGCCAGGAAGGGUAUCCUGGAUGGGUGAUUGGUGUCGCUGUUGGAUCUGUAACCAUUUUUUUCCUGGGAUUGCUGGGGUGUCUAGUAUUGAGGAAACACGUCAGCAUGCCGUGGUGGAUCGAUUGCUUGUGCAGUCCGUCUCCUCCGUCUUUUCAGUCCAAGCAGGGAGUUGCUGAGGAAGGCGAUGUCAGUCGCUCUUCUUCCUUUCGCCCAUCCAUCGGAACCGGAGAAAGUCCAUUUUUUGAAUCGGACGAUGCCAAGCCAAGCAAGAGGAUGGGCUUACCUGUCAGGGGGGCAGCUGCUGAUGUGAAUAUCGGCUGGGAGUCAGGGACCCUAUCGACUCUUGAGAUGGCGAAAACUCGAAGAAUGGAAUCGAAACGACAGGGGAAGGUGGCGGUAAAGGCGAUGCAAAAUGCUAUCCCGGAGCUCAUAUCCGAGGCCAAAAUACCGAAUAGAGCAGAUAUAAGCAGAUAUAGGGCUGAAUUGCCAGCACAAAGAAAAUGGAAGAGAGACUGUAACCGAACAAAAGAGGUCGAAUUAUCUUGUGCUAUGAUUUUGUAG